AUGGCAUCCACUAAGGGUGACUCUCACCGCCGCAAGCUCCGAGUGUUCAUGGCAGCGAUUGAGGAGAAUCCCAAAGAGUUCAGCGAGUUUAUUGAUCGCAAGAGGAUCGUUAAUGAGCUCCGCGUGAACCACGCAGAACGCAUCGAUGCUGAAAUCGCCAUGAAGUCCAGCACCAGCAUGAGGUCUUGA